AAAGAAAAGAAAAGUAAGAGGUCUUUGCCAGCGCCCAGCGGAUUAGAAACGCUGUCGUGUUACGCGCUACGAGGAUAUACUCUCACAUACCAGCUGUAUCCAGCUACGAUAUUCAUUUUCUUCAAAAAGCCAAAAACAAUCCUAACCGUUGCACCAAAACCUCAAAUUUCAAUUUAGCCGUUAGUUCUUUUCCUCACAACUCCCUUCAAAAAAUUUCAAAAUUCAAACCCUAAUUUUCACCUUCCUCUUAAAAAGUAGCCGUUUUCCCUCCUACACUCCCCCACUCUUUCUCUCUCCUCUCUAUAUAAUUCUCCUCUUCCUUUUAUCUUCCUCCAUUUUUGAAACUCCAUUUCUUUCUCUCUCUCUCUAAAAACUCCACUUUCUCUCUCUCUAAAUUCCCAAAGAAAAAAGUAAGAAACAAAAAAUGCGUGAAAUCCUUCAUAUUCAAGGAGGUCAGUGUGGGAACCAAAUAGGUUCAAAGUUUUGGGAAGUUGUAUGUGCUGAACAUGGAGUUGAUACUACUGGAAAAUAUCAUGGUGACACCGACAUUCAAUUGGAGAGAAUUAAUGUGUAUUAUAAUGAAGCGGGUUGUGGACGGUUUGUUCCACGGGCUGUGUUGAUGGAUCUGGAGCCUGGUACUAUGGAUAGUAUUAGAUCCGGCCCAUUUGGUCAGAUCUUUAGGCCCGAUAACUUUGUCUUUGGUCAAUCUGGUGCUGGUAAUAAUUGGGCUAAAGGUCAUUAUACUGAAGGUGCUGAGUUGAUUGAUUCUGUCCUUGAUGUUGUUAGGAAAGAAGCUGAGAAUUGUGACUGCCUUCAAGGGUUUCAGGUUUGUCAUUCAUUGGGAGGAGGGACUGGAUCUGGGAUGGGAACUUUGUUGAUUUCUAAGAUAAGGGAGGAGUAUCCGGAUCGAAUGAUGAUGACUUUCUCGGUGUUUCCUUCGCCGAAGGUUUCUGAUACAGUUGUUGAGCCUUACAAUGCUACUUUGUCUGUGCAUCAGCUUGUUGAGAAUGCUGAUGAGUGUAUGGUUCUUGAUAAUGAAGCUUUGUAUGACAUUUGUUUCAGGACUCUAAAGCUUACUACUCCUAGCUUUGGUGAUUUGAACCACUUGAUAUCAGCCACCAUGUCUGGAGUAACAUGCUGUCUGAGGUUCCCAGGUCAACUGAACUCUGACCUUAGGAAGCUUGCAGUCAACUUAAUUCCAUUCCCCCGGCUUCAUUUCUUCAUGGUUGGUUUUGCUCCCCUAACGUCUCGUGGUUCCCAGCAAUACCGAGCCUUGACAGUUCCUGAGCUAACCCAGCAAAUGUGGGAUGCCAAGAACAUGAUGUGUGCAGCAGACCCUCGACAUGGUCGUUACUUGACAGCUUCUGCAAUGUUCAGAGGAAAGAUGAGCACAAAGGAGGUAGAUGAGCAGAUGCUUAAUAUCCAGAACAAGAACUCUUCUUACUUCGUUGAAUGGAUCCCGAGCAAUGUGAAGUCUACUGUUUGUGACAUCCCACCUACUGGUUUGAAGAUGGCGUCCACAUUUAUUGGUAAUUCUACAUCAAUCCAGGAGAUGUUUAGGAGGGUGAGUGAGCAGUUCACUGCCAUGUUUAGGAGGAAGGCUUUCUUGCAUUGGUAUACAGGGGAAGGGAUGGAUGAAAUGGAGUUCACCGAGGCUGAGAGCAACAUGAAUGAUUUGGUUGCCGAGUAUCAGCAGUAUCAGGAUGCAACAGCUGAAGAGGAAGAGUAUGAAGAUGAGGAGGAAGACGGUCAAUAUGAAUGACAAAUCGAAGUUGCGUAGUAGUAAGCAGUUACUAGUAAGUAGUAACUAAGAAGACAAAGUUGUUCAGAAAAAAAAAAAACAAAUUUUAGCAGCAUGGGUUGUAAUCGCAACUUCCAGUUGUAGGAGACUGAAUUUACAAAAGCUGUGUAUUUUGUGACAUUGUGGAAUUUGCAGUAAUAUCAAGGUUCUAAUUUUUGUUGCCA